ACUAUUUGCUAUGAGUCAUGUCGGUGAUAAAUAUCAAUAUCUUCAAACAAAUUUAAAUACAAAAGCUUUAGUUCAAAUAAAACCAUACAUAGACAAACUCACUAAUUACGCAAAUCAACUUAAUAUUUUGUAUUGAUUAAUUUAAAAAGAACGGAUUAAACGAGUUUCAUCUACACAAAGUGUCUUAUUGCUCGAUAAUGGAGAAAGAGCAACUUGAUUCUUUGCAAACUGUUACCGUGGGAUCUGAAAAGAUUCCACCACCUCAUAGUCAUUAUGCACCUAGUGAAGUUUAUUCUUCCUCAGAAUCACCUCCGGCAUAUUCACGGCCAGUGAUGAAGAGCACUGCCGUCCAGAUCGCUAAGAUCAUCGCAACAACUUUGAUAACUAUCUCUGUUAUCAUCGGGAGUUUCAUUUUAGCUGCAGCUUGGCUCCAAGCUCGUGCAUCAUGCACUCCUGAAGCUAUUAACGGUAUGCAGGCACAAAUAAACAGCCAGCAGCAAGAAUUUAUCAAACAUUUACAACCUGAGGCUCUUAUUCAGGAUCCUAUUGAUGUCAAACAGAACAUUGACGAGUCUUCUGUUAAAACUAAACAGCCUACUGCAGAGCCUAAAGAGGAAGAAACUCAAACUGAUAAUCAAGAUGAUUCGAAAGCGGACAAUGAAAGUGCCAGUGACAAUGAAAAUGAUGAUGACUAUAAUGAUUCUGGAUUCUCACCAGUUCACAUUAAAUUCCCACUUCAGCUUGAUUUAGAUGAUCUUGCAAAUACCCUUAUGCAACAAUCCCGUGGUCUCGUCUCAUGUGUAGUUGAACGCCGCAGAUCUAAUGGAUUUGUUGACGGUAACAAUCAAGUAGACAACAACAACAACAACAACAAUAAUAAUUACCAACGUCCUCAACGUCUCAGUGGUGAACGCGUAGUAAUUCUCUGUGAAUCCGGAGAACCACGUCGUCAAGAGCAACAAGAACAGGAUCUACUUACACCAAUAAUUGUUCCGCUUGGUAACAUUCAAAUCCCGAUGCAACCUCAUGAACAAGUUUACCACCGUUACCAAGUUCAAAAUCAAUUCUCCGCACCUGAUGUACAAACUCCACCAUUUUUCAAUGCACGAAGAAUAAAUCAAUUGGAGCAAGAUAUCAGUUUACCAGACAUCAAAAAUAUUGCCCAGAUGAUGGGUUUUGGUUCACCACGAAUGCCACCACAAAUGAAUCACCAACAAAUGGAAUUACGUCCUUUCCCAAUUGAAAUUCGCACUUUGCCAAUUGAAGUUAUUCGUGGAAUGAGACCACCAAUGAACCAAAUGCAACAACAUCAACCACAGCCUCAACAACCUCCACAACCGCAACACCCAAUGUUCGCUCAAGAACCAACUGAGCCAGUAUACUCCCAAGAGCAACAAACUCAAGGAAUGAUGCCACCUCCACCACCCCCAUCAGCACCCAACGCGCCAGAAUUAAAUCAACGUGAACCCAGAAUUAUUCCACAAGUUCAUAUUAUCCAACAACAGCUUGAACAAAAGCCUGCACAACCUCAAGAAGCUCAGGAUAAACCAAACUUUCCUUUCCCCGGCUUACCGAUUGACAUCAUCAGAUUCAUUCAACAAGUACCACGUAAAAUUAAGAGCAUUAUUCAACACAUUGAUGAAGAAAUGAAACCAGAACAAGAAGACAGAUCUCGACAAGAGCAAGUCCAGGAGUUCAAACCUUUCCCCAUGAAUGCACGGCCAAUUCAUUUCGAUGGACCAAUCCGUACAAUUGAAAUGAGAAAUCUGAUGGAGCCUGAAAAUAUGGAAGCUCACCGUCAGGAAAACGUUGAAGGGUCACAAGAAUCUACAAAACUUAUUGCCGAUUCUGAAAACCAAGAAGAAAACAAAGACGAUGAAGAUAAAAAGAAAAUUGUCGUACUUCCUGAAAGCAGCUUGAUUCAUCAAAUCGAAGAAGGUUUAUUCCCCAGGUCACAUUUCUCGAUGCCUAUGAGAUCCAUGGAAACAUUCCAAAUACCGAUGGAAGUAAGUGCUCGUGUGAUGGGUAAUUCUGGAGAGCAAGAAUAUAAUAAAGAACAGAAUCAACCAAUGCAGGCUCAAGUAAUGCCUCAAUCUGAUGAACAAGAAGAUGCCAGUCGUCCUCACUAUGUGCAACCACGUUCAAUUCCGUAAAUUCUGGAAGACAAGAUUAUUAUUAUUAUUAUUAUUAUUAAUAUAAGAGAGAAUCCUUUAGUUGUUAAGUGCAAAAAAAAAAAUAAAUAAAUAAUAACAAUGUAUUAUUUUUAUUACUUACUAUUAAAACAAGGAUUCUUAAAUAAAUUUACAUUGAAAGUAAAUUGAAGAAUACUUAAUUAAAAAUAAAGUAUGUACAUACACCUACUGUUGGAAAUAGGAUACAAGUGAUACUAUUAUUUUGCGUAAUAGAUUUAUCUGUUGAUCAUUUAAUAUUUUAUCAAGUUUAAGAUACAAAAUAUGUAGAAUUAGUUAUUUACCAUGGAAAUUGCUUUUAUCGUGUAAUAAUUUUUGAAUAAAAACUAAUGUGAUAAA